UAAAUAUUUUUUUUUAAUCGAUUUGAUUUGAAUCGCGGUUCGAUUUGAUUAAAAAUCAAACCGUGAACACAACUACAAUAAUGAAGGAAAAUACUCAAUUAAACACCUUCCGCAAAUAGGGACAUUUGUGGAAUGACCCGAAAAAAAUACCUAGGCCCAAUAAAUCAGAUUUUCAAACAAAGGAGAAACAAUAAUUAUGGUCCCAAUAAUUGUACUGUCUCUGCUCUUUUUAGUUUUUGUCUGACCAGUCAACACUGUUCAACCACUGAAGCCACGCUCCGACGACCCUUCUGCCGGAGCUUAAUGGUCAACGGCUUUCACAGAAUGAAUCAACUCUCUAAUGCCUUCUCGUGGCUUAAUUUGGAUGUCACCGAUAACCGGGAUGACACAGAAAUUCUUGGGGAAACUGAGACAGUAAAUGGAAGAGGUAAAGCGAAGGAAAAUGAUGACAACUCUGGAGAGUUCAAAUUGCCACUUGUAUGGAUAGACCUUGAGAUGACUGGUUUGGAUAUUGAAGUUGAAAGGAUAUUGGAGAUUGCUUGUAUAAUUACAGAUGGAAACCUGAUCAAAUCAAUUGAGGGUCCCGAUUUAGUUAUACAUCAAAGCAAGGAGUGUCUGGACAAAAUGGGAGAAUGGUGUCAGAGCCAUCAUGCGGCAAGUGGUUUGACUCAGAAGGUGCUCAAGAGUACCAUCACUGAAGAAGAAGCCGAGAAACAGGUUGUUGAGUUUGUUAAGAGAAAUAUAGGGUCGUAUACCCCAAUGCUUGCAGGAAAUUCAAUCUAUACGGAUCUUCUUUUUUUGAAGAAGUAUAUGCCAACUUUGGCAAGUUUGUUUUCGCAUGUACUUGUUGAUGUCAGCAGUGUAAAGGCGUUGUGUGUUCGUUGGUAUCCUAGAGAUAGCAGGAAGGCGCCUAAAAAGCAAAACAAGCACAGAGCUAUGGAUGACAUUAGGGAGAGCAUAGCUGAACUCAAAUACUUCAAGGAGCACAUAUUCAAAGCCUCCAAGUCUAAAAAGUGAAAUUGAAGGAAUUUUUCAUCUCAUGGUUAGGGAUUCUCUUGAUAUAAUUCCCAAAAUCUGGGGUUACCUGCCACUGUAAAGUGAUCCUGAUUUUUAGAUGUAGAGGUCUUUGGUCUAAAUUAUUAGCUCUGCCACUGAUUUUGUACUAUCACAUUAUUGGCCGUCAUGCAAUAGAUCCUUGUGGUCCUGCUCUUCCCGGCCCCUCUAGCGGGAGCUUAGUGCACCAAGCUGCACUUUUUAUUAUUCGCUAUCAUAUGUAAUUUGGGGUAGAAUUUACCUUGAAACAACUGGAGAAAUGUUCGCGGCUAUGGGUUGGCUUGUAAUGUAGACUACCGAGUUCCAACUUAGAGCUCCUUCUACUCUAAUCUACCGUGUCCCGAUUUGAAACU